AUGGCUUCUAUCACUGUUCUCCCAAGUGAGCUCCUCGCUCGCAUCAUCUCAUUCCUUGACCGGUCGUCCCUGAAGGCUAUCCGGGAAACGAGUCGCCUUCUCUCACAGUUUGCUACUCCACGGCUAUUCGACACUCUGCGUCUGUUUCCGGACGAAGAGAGUUACGAGGCUGUCGAUCGCAUUACGGAUCAUGCAACACUGAAGAAAAUGGUCAAGAAGGUGUAUGUCAAUACGUGUGAAGAUGACUAUGCUCAGGACGACUAUGACGAGGAGGAAGUCGAAUUGACCAAGGAUUUCAAGGACAGAAUCGCCAAGUUCAGAGACUGCCCAAAUGUGCAAAGCGCUGUCUUGCGGUUUGACAAGCAUUGUAGCACAGGCCGCGAGGAAUGGAUGAGAGAGAGUCCAGAGACCAUCGCCUUUCGCACAAAAACUCUUCGUGUCUUUUUUGAAUGGCUGGCCUCGUUUGAAGUACCUCUGCGUGAACUCGGGAUUCGUAACAUGCAAGAUGUGAAUGUCGGCGAUGAAAAAAUAUCUGCCAAUAUCGAGAAAGUGCUGCAGAAUUUACGCACUCUCCGAUUAAGCAUCGUGACACAGCACAAUGACGCCGCCCCAGAGGAUGACCUUGACUUCCCUGAGCCCCAUGACUUCUUCGCGCAACUUCCAUCCGUGUGGCUGAAACCCUCCGCGUCAUCUCUGGAGCAUCUGACGCUCUCCUGCGACAACUACUUCGGCUUCUAUCCAAAGCUGGAACUAAGCGAGGUACAAUUUCCGCACCUCAAAUCCCUCGCCUUUGGUAAUUUUUGCUUUGUGCGGGACUCUCAGCUGGAAUGGAUUCUCUCGCAUGCAGCGACUCUGACUGAUCUAUCCUUCGACGACUGCGCAAUUUUAUACGAUGUGUGCCUUGCCGAGGAGCAUCUCAACUGGGGACCCUUCCAGAAGAGCGAGAUGGAAACCCGUCGAGAGCUGGAUGGCCAGGUGCGGGUAAAGUACUACCGCUCCUACAAUAAGCGGUGGCACGAUUACUUCGACUCCUUCCGAACAAAGCUACCUCAUUUGAGGCAGUUCCUGAUCGGAAGCAAUGACUGGGGUGAUGGCGUCCCAUUUGAAAAGGAGGCUGAAGUCAAGAUCUGCUUGCGGGAAAAUAGGUACAUGGCCUGCUAUGAUGGGUACGGACCCAGCCCGUAUAUGGAACACCACGACUAUGGACGCCUCGAGUGGGAAAGGGUAGCACCCAAGUGCGAUGAUGAAGAUAGGGACUCCUUACGCCUGCUCUUUGAGAAAACGGGACAAAGAGUCGUCAAGAUCCCAUUCUUGAGUUCAUUCCAAGAUUAUAUCAGCGAGGACUAG